CGAUCGAUUCGAAAAUGGGACAGCCCGGUUUCCGUCGUGCCAUGGGGCACUUUUCGUUGGUGGUGGCACUGAUGUGCACCACCUGUUUCCAAGUGGAAGGACUACCCCAUCCGCCGGCCACGUCGCCGUCUCCAAUGAUGGAAAGGAUGGUGGAGCAGGCCUACGACGAUAAGUUUGACAACGUCGAUCUGGACGAGAUCCUUAACCAAGAGCGACUGUUGAUUAACUACAUAAAGUGCCUGGAGGGCACAGGUCCUUGCACUCCCGAUGCCAAGAUGCUGAAGGAGAUCCUACCUGACGCCAUCCAAACCGAUUGCACCAAGUGCACGGAGAAGCAGCGGUAUGGUGCUGAAAAAGUGACCCGUCAUCUCAUCGACAACCGACCCACCGACUGGGAGCGUCUGGAGAAGAUCUACGAUCCCGAGGGAACCUACCGCAUCAAAUACCAGGAGAUGAAGUCCAAGGCCAAUGAGGAGCCUUAAUCAACCUCUAUUUUACUUCGUUGUUAUCUUAAGUGAUUUUAUUUUGCUUUAAUUAACGAAUAAACUGCAGAGAAGCUUCAA